AUGCUGAAAUUUGCUGCUCGGGCUGGACAUACAGCAAGAAUAUCGAACGUCGCAGCACAUCUUCUGCGCACCUCUCCAUCUCUGCUCACACGCACCACAACCACGAGACUUCUGCCCUUCUCUACAUCUUCAUUCUUAAACCAUGGACAUUUGAAAAAACCGAAACCAGGCGAAGAACUGAAGAUAACUUUUAUCCUAAAGGAUGGCUCCCAGAAGACGUACGAAGUCUGUGAGGGCGAGACUAUUCUGGACAUCGCUCAAGGUCAUAACCUAGAUAUGGAAGGUGCGUGUGGUGGUUCUUGUGCCUGCUCCACUUGUCACGUUAUCGUUGAUCCGGACUACUACGAUGCCCUGCCGGAACCAGAAGAUGAUGAAAAUGAUAUGCUCGAUCUAGCUUAUGGACUUACAGAGACAAGCAGGCUUGGGUGCCAGAUCAAGAUGUCCAAAGAUAUCGAUGGGAUAAGAGUCGCUCUGCCCCAGAUGACAAGAAACGUUAAUAACAACGACUUUAGUUGA